UAUUCAUUGGUCCUGUGGUCCUGUUCAUCAUCCUGGUCUCUAGAUUCAUUUCUUGAGCCAUCCCUUCCCAAUGGGUCUCCUCAGCGUCAUCAGAAAGAUCAAGCGCAAGGAGAAGGAGAUGCGGAUUCUCAUGGUGGGCCUGGACAACUCAGGUAAGACAACAAUUGUGCUGAAGAUCAAUGGGGAGGACACCAGUGUCAUCAGCCCCACCCUUGGCUUCAACAUCAAGACCAUCAAGUAUCAAAAGUACUCGUUGAACAUAUGGGACAUCGGUGGGCAGAAGACGAUCCGCUCAUAUUGGAGGAACUACUUUGAGCAGACUGAUGGACUAGUUUGGGUAGUUGAUAGCUCUGAUGUGCGAAGGCUUGAUGACUGCCGUGCAGAACUCCACAAUCUCUUGAAAGAAGAGAGACUAGCUGGAGCGUCAUUGUUGGUCUUUGCAAAUAAGCAAGACAUUCAGGGCGCUCUGAAACCUGCAGAAAUCGCCAAGGUUCUGGAUCUGGAAGCCAUGGAGAAAAGCCGGCACUGGCAAAUCAUUGGCUGCAGCGCCUACACCGGCGAAGGGCUGCUUCAGGGUUUCGAUUGGCUCGUUCAAGACGUCGCCUCUCGCAUCUACGUCCUCGACUGAACCUUGCCAGAUUCAGUCUUUCUGGUGGCAUCUGUGCGAUAUCUCGAGUUCAGUGUUGCUGGGACUUGAGAUUGAAAUGCAUAGUGACAGAACAACCCAAGUUUUCACCACAUACAUACGACUGUAA